AUGUCGGCGCAGACAGAUACCCAGAUCGUAGAGGUCAAGGAUGGUAUGCUGCCAUCCUUCGACAAGACCCCAGACCUGCGCUUUACCAGCCUGAGCUCAAGCAGCCAGAUGGUUGAGCACAGGGAGCACCUCACACCACCAGAAACACCUCUCGACUUCAUUCAAGAAAACGAAUUGCUAUGGUCCAAGGUCAGGCGACAUUUACAGGAGCCGUUCUCAGAGUUCUUUGGUACAAUGGUUAUGAUCUUGCUCGCCGUUAUGAUUGGCGUCUAUGUCGGAAAAAAGAGCGGCGGCCACCUCAAUCCCGCCGUUACGCUGUCAAACUGUAUCUUCCGCGGUUUCCCCUGGCGCAAGUUUCCUGCCUACUUCAUCGCGCAGCUUCUCGGCGCCAUGGCUGGUGCAUUCAUAGUCUACUUCAACUAUAGGCUAGCCAUCGAUAACUUCGAAGGAGGCCCUGGAAUCCGCACUGUUGGCGGCAAUACGUCCAGCGCUGGCGUUUUCUGCACAUACCCAGCACCUUUCAUGACGAGGAGCGGUAUGUUUCUGAGCGAAUUCCUCUCCAGCUCUCUCCUUAUGUUCAACAUCUUCGCAUUUGUCGACGCCGGUGCCGGGGAUCUGAUUCCGCUUUGUUUAUUCUUCCUCAUCUUUGGUAUCGGAGCCUGCUUUGGUUGGCAGACAGGCUAUGCUAUUAACUUAGCAAGGGAUUUUGGGCCUAGGCUUGUAUCGUACAUUCUUGGGUACGGCAACGACGUUUGGUCAGCUGGUGGCUAUUACUUCUGGAUUCCUAUGGUGGCACCGUUCCUUGGGUGUCCUUUUGGGGGCUUGCUGUAUGACGUUUUCUUGUGCAAGGGAGACACGCCUAUCAAUACUCCUUGGAUGGGCCUUCGACGUCUUACGAAGCCAAAACCCAAUAGUUUUGGUGGAAAUGUUUAA